AUGUGGUCCAGCUGCUCCCUGCUAUUCUGCCUACUGUUUGUGUCCCGUGGGUCCUCAGCAGUCAUCACAGGGGCCUGUGUGAAGGACUUGCAGUGUGGAGAGGGGAUGUGCUGUGCGGUCAGUCUGUGGAUCAGGAGCCUGAGGAUGUGUGCCCCUAUAGGACAGAAGGGAGACGAGUGCCACCCUAUGAGUCACAAGGUUCCCUUCAUUGGCACAAGACUACAUCACACAUGUCCAUGUGUGCCACAUUUGGCAUGCAUCACCACAUCAGAGGGCAAAUCAAAAUGUCUUUCACCGUACAACUACUCAGACUACUACCUCUGAGGACAACCACAGGAAGUGCUGAUAGUCAUUUUCUAGGUCUGCCUUAGUUUUUAAAAUACUGUUUCCAUUAUAUGUAUUAAAGAUAACAUAUAGACAUUUUCAGGUUGACUUAUAUUUGAAAAGAACAAUUUGC